AUGUUGCUCCCCGCUGUCCCCGCUUUCUCCCCCUUACGAAGAGUCCUCCCGCUGAUGCUCGCGCUCGCGUUACCCCUUGCCAUUUGCGGGGUGCAGCCAGCGAACCGGUUCAAAUCCGCCACACGUCUCGUCUUCCUUCCUAGUAACAAGUACACCUCAAAAUGCCUCGACGGGAGCCCCCCCGCAUGCUAUUUCCGCGCGGGGGCGGGCGCGGGGAAGCGCAAGUGGCACGUGCAUCUCCCCACAGGCGGCUGGUGUUUCUCCCCGGGGGAGUGCCUCGAUCGCGCUAACUCCCCCCUCGGCUCCUCGCGCUUCUGGGCCACGCGCCUCCCCGCCGUCGUUGAAAACGGCGGAAAGGUGCUAAAUGCAUCCGAGGAAUAUCCGCAGCUGGGCGGGCUGCUAUCCCAGGACAGCGCAGCCAACCCCUCUUGCUUACCCUUCUUUCCUCUCUCCCCCCCCCACAAGGCAUCCGAGGAAUAUCCGCAGCUGGGGGGGCUGUUAUCCCAAGAUAGCGUAGCCAAUCCCGUGUUCCACGCGUGGAACCUGGUGUGGGUGGUGUACUGUGAUGGUGGCGCCUACAGCAGCACGCGGGGGAGGGCGGACCUGGGGGGGGGCGCAUCUGUGUACAUGCAGGGGCGGCAGGUUCUAGACGAUAUUAUCACUGACCUGCGCACUCGGCAGGGCAUGGGGACGGCGUCGCACGUCCUCUUCUCGGGCAGCUCAGCGGGCGGCCAUGCCAUCAUCAUGCACUGCGACCGCCUCGCUGCCGCCUUCCCCCGCGCCUCCUCCAAGUGCCUCGCCGAUUCGGGUUUCUUCGUUGACGCUAAGGACCGCUUUGGGGUGUACUCAUGGCGGGAAAAUAUUCGGCAGGUCACCGCUCUGCACCUCAUUGAAGUCCCCAAAUGCCCGUCAGGAGCACAAGUGAGGGACAAGUGGGAGCACAAGCGAGGGGCAACUGGGUCUGCUUCUUCCCAGAACACACCCUAG